AUGACUACAAGUUCAUCAAUAACUUCAAAUACGCAGCAUAUCGCCACUCUACUUGAUGAUCUGCUUACUUGGCGAACAAUUGGUCAUAAACAUACAGAUGUACGGGAAACAACGAACGUUCAACCACAUGGCGGUGCUUGGAUGCCAGCGGAUCGUUCAUUCGAUCGAAUUCUUUUCUGGCGCACAAUCGAAAACAAUGCUUUUCAGCUGUUCGAAUAUUCCAUGUCGCGAAAUCUCUUACAAAACGCACUUCAAAUUCAAUUUGAUUCAGCAACAACUGUUCUACCAAAUGUUUUUAUUGUUGAAUUACCUGAACAACAUCAAAUCUGUCUCAUGUUUGUCACACAUCUUGGCAUUUAUCGUUGGAGGCUCAAACAUCCUAUCCUAUCCACCACCGGUCAAUUAGAUCAACCGCAAUCGAUACUUGCUGAUAUCACCGAUGAUUAUUUGAAUAGUCGAAAUCAUUUUUAUAAAUGUGACUUACAAUUGUAUACUCAAGUGACUUGUUCUUAUACAAAUGAAUAUCUGAUCUAUGCGUUAUACAAUGAAUUAGAAACAAUUAUUUUUCGAUUUGACAAUCAAGAUUAUUUGAAUUCUCCACAACAAUUAGUUUUUCCAAAAAGACAAACAUCUGGUUUAUUCAAUUUCCUGUGGAAUCCAAAUAAAUCAGUUACAUCUACUCAACCAAAUCAACCAUUGAUUGCUGGUCAAACAACGAUCGUUUACAACACCAUGACAAUGACAGUGAUUCUUUAUGAUAGUGGCUUAAUGCGAUUUCUUUCUGAUCAACUUGAUACUGUUCUUCAUGAACAUAAUCUAUUCGUUGAUCUUCCUCGUUCAUCAUCGAAACUUCCGACGAAAAUUUUUCUCGAUUAUUGUCAAUAUGAAACCAUAUCUGAUGAACUUAUCACUCGUCUCUUCAUCGUUCUUGAUUCAACUGAUCUUCUCCAUCUGCUUAUCUACGAAUUUCAAUAUGAUUCUAAUGACAAUUUCCGUCUAUCACUUUAUCAAAACAAAACUUAUACAAAAAGCACUCGAUCUACCGAUCAUUCACAUUUACCACAUGGCUCAUCAUUAACAUCGAUCACUUGUACAAACGAUCGAAUUCUUCUUCAUCUAUUAAGCAAUCAAAAUCGUUCGAUUCUUCUCUUCAGCCCAUACGAUGUCAAAGAAAGUCAUGAAGAAGAGUUCAUUCAAUUACCGAUGGACUCCAGUGGAAUUUAUUUAAAUGAUGACUCAACAACGAUCGAUGAGAUUGAGAGAAGAUUGAACUCACCGGGUCAAUUUACGAUUGAUAUGAUCAAAGAUGCACUUUGGAUUACGUUUAAUUUUAACCUCGAUGAAUAUAAUCAAUCAUGUACUUCGUUAACGCAGAUUCUUCAGCAAUUGCCAGCGAAUCUACAAAAUUUGUGUAAUGAGCAUUGCGAUGAAAAUUCCAUUCAGAAUGAAGAUCGUCUACAAAUUCUGACAAAAUUUUGGCAAAAUUUAUAUAGUACAUUAAUUGAUCUUCGGGCACAAGCAUUAGUUCUAUACGGCUGUCGAAUCUUCGACGAACGACAGUUGAUCAUCAUUAUUCAUAAAGCGGCGAUUUCGUUGUAUUCAAUGACAAAAGUAUCAUCAUCUACCAGUGCGAGAUAUUCUCGCUAUGUUAAAGAUAUCGAAUCGUUGCUAAAAGCUUCGGACAAUGAAAUAAUUGCUCAAAUUGAUGAUGAGACGCUCGAUACUACUUCAACAAAUUCACAACAAUUAACUCGCAUUCAUAAACAUUUGGAUCCAGUUGUAAAUAACGAUCAAUUAACAGAAGUAUUCCGAUCGAUGUAUGAUAAACAUUCGACGAAAAACAAUGUCAAUGAGAUUAAUAACAAUGUAUUUGGAUCGAAAAUUGCACGUCGAUUGUUAGUUCUGGUCUUUGCUCAAUCAUGUUACGAAAAGAUUCACGAUAUUGAACAGUUAGACAAACUACUUCAUUUAACAUUUCGAUCAAAUCAAAUUCGAAUUAGUUCGCAUCGAAAAGACAAACUUCAAGAUCAAAUUCUGCCGUAUUUACAAGAUCUAUUACGAAUUUAUCAAACACUUCUCUGGGUAUCUUCAUGUGGAAUCGAAUCAUCGUCAUUAACAGUCGACGAUCGUGACCUUUUCAUUGAAAAUCUGGUUUAUCAACAAGCACAACAACGAUAUAAAGCUCGCAUCGGAAACCAAUCGUUACUCGAACAACUUUUACUCGAUAUAUUUCCUCAGGAACAAACACCACCCGACGCAGAUAAUUGGUUUCAAAUUCUAUACAAUUCAGUCGAAAAUCUCUUUACUCUUCUCUGGCCAAGUAACGAUUUCCUCAUUACUUAUUUACCCAGUCGACAUCAAUGGACAAUUCUCGAUCAUUACUGCGGAAAAUUGUCUUGGUUUAAAGAAUUGAAUUCUGCUAGACAAUUCUUCCAUGCUUUGACAUUCUAUCGAUCGGGUACAAAUAUCGAGACAGCAACGAGAUAUUUAGCAGCUGGACUGAAAGAUCUUCACACAGAUCCAUUGUUAAUGAAAAUGUUCGCAAAACAAGCACUUCCGGAACUGUUUUAUAUUGAAUGGAUUCGAGAGUAUUUGAAAUAUUUUGGACAAGGUCAACAUGUUGCUUCGUUUCUUCAUCAAUCUCUACAAAGUUCUUAUACCAAUGAAAUCCGGGCAUUAAUCAUCAAAGAAUUAUUCAAAACAAGUAUUGAAUUGAAAAACUUCGAUGAUGCGUUUUGGUGUAUCCAGAAUACGAAUGAUUAUUUCAGUCAAAAACAAUUUACGUUCGAAUAUGCAUCAGCCAUAUGUUCCUUAACUAAUGAUCAAUCGUUGUAUCGUCUUCAAACACUUCUUCAAUAUCAACGUGAUAAAUUAGAUUGUGUGGAUUUCGAAUUAUUAGCAUAUCUUGAACGCACAUGUGUGGAAAAUCAACCUAUUCAAACAUCUCAAGUAUUUGCAUUGUAUGAAGUAUACAAAACGAUGAAAUUACCGUUGAAGAUGGCGCAAAUCAUGUAUCAUUAUGGUUGUUCGAUAACUGAUGUUAAAGAGCAAAAACAUGUUUUACAAUUAGCUUUCAAUGCUUUGUCAUCUGUCCCAACCAGUCAUGAUUCAACGGAUCAAUUAUUCACCUAUCCGAUAAACUGCGAAUAUAAUUCAUUAACACCUCUACAUGCAGAUCAUAAUUGUUCACGAUUGAUCGGAAUCGAUGAAUGUCGGCAAAAACUCGCUAUCAUUUCAGCUAUUUGCACAUUGAAAAGCAAUCGUUCAUCCUCCACUGUUCAAGUUACAGAUACCAUGCAUCCUACGCAAUUAAGUGGUCUAUUAACAAAGUAUCAUUAUGAGAAAGAAGCUCAACAAUUACUUGAUGCCUUUCAAAUCAAUCGUUCGUCGAUGUAUGUCAUUCAUUAG